CGCUGAUCUAUCGACGUCGCAUCCCGGCGUUGAUCAUCGCCCUUGUCCGACGACACACAAUAAUUGCUGGGCUGUGUUUGCCUUGCCUCUCCCUCCGCUCGAGGCACCACCCCUUCUGCUGCUCAAUCCCACCAGUUCGAUCUCUGACUGUACCGGACUUCCGGUCGCUAAAACCGGAGCGCGACUUCUAUCAUGGCAAGCUCGUUCGAGAAAUCGGUCAAGGGGGCGACCAAAACCAAAGCUGCUCCCCCGAAAACCAAAUACAUCGAACACAUCCUAAUCGCGACGCACGCUGGCGAAGCUGGAGUGGGUGAGGUCUUCAGAGCGCUGCAAUUCCGACUACGAGACUCGACAUGGACUGUCGUCUUCAAGAGCUUGAUCACGAUACACUUGAUGAUCCGGGAGGGUUCGCCUGAUGCGACAUUAGCCUACCUCGCGAAGCACCGGAACAUGCUAGCCAUCAGUUCAUUCACCGACGCGCAAUUACAAGGCCGGAACAUUAAACACUAUUCCGCCUACCUCGCCGAACGAGCGCGAGCCUACAGAGACACCAAGGUGGAUUGGGUGCGGGUGACAGAGACGCGGCUAGAGAAGCUGUCGGUGGAGAAGGGACUGUUGAGGGAAACCGAGGCCGUUCAACAUCAGUUGACUGCGCUGUUGAAAUGUGACGUGCUGGACGAACCGGAAAACGAAAUUACAAUAACGGUCUUCCGACUUCUCGUAUUGGACUUGUUGUCCUUAUUCCAGAUUCUCAACCAGGCCAUGAUAAAUAUCCUAGGGCAUUUUUUCGAGAUGUCCAAACCCGAUGCCGAAAGAGCCAUGGAUAUAUACCGCAACUUCACCCGCCAAACCGAUUUCGUAGUACAAUAUCUAGGAGUAGCAAGGCAGUACGAACACCACACAAGGGUCGAGGUUCCUAAGCUGAAACAUGCACCCGUCAAUCUCGGACGCCAGCUAGAGGAGUACCUCAAAGACACUGACUUCGAAAUACACCGGAGACAAUACCUGGCCGAGUUGGAGGCGAAGAAGAAAGGCGGGACUGCAUCGUCAUCGUUCAACCCGCUUACAAAGAGUGAGGCUGCGGCGAAACUAUUCCCAGAUGCAAACACAAACAUAAACGGAGCAUCCUCAACCAUGUCGAAACCCCCGCAACCUGCCAAGGGACCCGAUCCUGAUUUGAUCGAUUUCUUCGACUCGAUAGAGCAAAACCAGACAACCAUGGCGACCAACGGCCAACAGCAACAGCCGCCGCCGCAGGCACCUCAGAUGCCAAUGAACAACCAGUGGGCAUCGAACAGCCCCUUCAACAACAUGCAGCAGACAGGCCAGCAGUUCCAAAGCAGUGGGUUUGCGCCACAACCAACAGGUUUCCAGAGUAACAGUCCUUUCCAAGAGCAGAAUGUUGGCGCUUUUGGGAAUCAGCAGCAAAUGCAACCCAAUUUUACUGUCACUGGCUUCGGCGGCUACGCGCCACAGCAGACAUUCUCACCAGGCGGUCUCUCCUCGAUUCCCGACGGGUCAGUCGCCAAUUUCCAGACAGGGGUGUCGCCACCAAUGCAGACCGCAAUGCCGACCGGUCUCCAACCUCAGCAGACCGCAAACCCAUUCCGCCAAUCCAUGCUCAUGUCUAAUCCGACGGGCAUGUCGAACGUUUCGUCGUUCGCCAGCCCGCCACCACCAGUGCCACCAGUGCCACCAAUGCCAUCAAUGCCCUCCGCGGCGACUGGGGGCCCGCAGCGCCAAUCCACGAAUCCCUUCGCACGCCCAGCGACUUCCACAUCGGCGAGCCCCUUUUCGAACUCGACCUCGAACCCCCCUUUCCAGUCUGCACUCAGUAAUUCCUCGCCUUUUCAAUCUCAACCGGCCAUGCAAGCACCAGCGCCUCUCCAGCCCAUGGCCACAGGCACGAACCCCUUUGCGAAGAACUUUGGGGGUAACCAAUUGCAAAAUCAGCAGCAGCGUCCCCAGACUUCUGGUGUCUUGAUGCCACAACCAACUGGCAGCACGAAUCCGUUUAGGCAAGGCGCUUUCACGAAUCACCAGACCGGAAUGGGAUGGUAGCACGGACAACAGCCUAUAGGUGGUGGACUGGACCAACUAGAAACCGUGCCGGUUUUCCCUAGACCGGCUACAGGUACAGCUUGGCAGUCUUAGAAUGAUUGUUCGUGUA